AUGGCAGGCAUUGAUACUAACCUUUACUCUCGUCAGAUCGGAACCUUUGGCAUGGAAAUGAUGGGCAAGCUCAUCCAAAUGAAAGUUUUAGUUUCAGGUCUCAGAGGUGUUGGAGUUGAAACAGCGAAAAAUCUCGUCUUAGCUGGUCCAGGUGCAGUAACCCUCCACGAUGAUGCUUUGGUCUCAAUAAAUGACCUUGGAACUAACUUUUAUCUUUCCCCAGAAGAUGUAGGAACUCGUACAAGAGGUCAGGCAACUUUCCCUAACCCCCUACUCCGUGAGUAAACAAAACCAUUAUAAAAAUUCCUAUUUUUUCCCAAAAACCCACCCUCAGUGAGUGAACAAAAUCUUUUUUAUAGAAAAUUUUUUUAUGGAAAAAAGUUUUGAUAUAUAGAUGAUAAUUAUUAUAAUGAAAUCUAGAGUUAAUUCUGUUUAAUUUUAAACGAAUUGCGUUUUAAAACAUAAAUUUUACAAAUUAAAUUCAUAUUUGCUUUCCAAUUUUUACAGUGAGUGAACAAAAUUUUUUGUUCACUCACGGAGGGGGGAGUAAGGUCCAGGAACUUAACCCAUACGUAAAAGUUGACUUAAAAGAAGGAGCUCUUGAUGAAGAAUUUCUAUCAAAAUUCAACGUAGUUUUCCUAUCAGAAUCUGACCCAGCAACUAUUGCAAGAGUCAAUAACUUCUGUAGAACCCAUUCCCCUGCUAUUGGCUUCAUUUCUUGCGAAUCUUGGGGUGCUUCUGGCUACGGAUUUGUCGAUUUCGGCCCAGAAUUCGUGUGCUUUGAUAAGACUGGAGAAGAUAUAGGGUUUUACCCUGUGUAGCCCUAUAAGAGCAGAUGAUUCCCGGUGGAAUCAUCGAGUUGGUCCAACCAACUUAGUGCGUUGGUCGGACCAACUCGUUUGUUGGUUGGGCCAACUCGAUGAUUCCACUGGAAUCAUCUGCCCUUAUAGGGCUACACAGGGUAAAACCUUAUACCAGAUCUUUCCUUAUCAGUGACAUCAGCCAAGAAAACCCUGGCAUUGUGACAGUCCAUGAUGAAAAAAGACACACUUACCAGGACGGAGAUUUCGUCGUCUUCAAAGAAGUCCAAGGAAUGGAAGAACUUAACAAUUCCCCACCAAGACCUAUCAAAGUGCUUGGCCCAUACACUUUUUCAAUUGAAGAUACAACUGGCUAUCAAGCUUACCAAAGAGAAGGUAUCGUUGAACAAGUCAAAAUCCCUGAAAAAUUCCACUUCAAGUCUUGGGAAGAGUCAAACUUGAACCCAAUCGUAAAAGAUCCACUUCCAGUCCCAGAUCUCGGGAAAUUCGGAAGAAGUGAGCACUUACAUAUUGCUUUUAGAGCCUUAAGAGAGUUCCAAAGACGCCAUGGAAGUUUGCCAGAGCUCCACAACCAAGCUCAUGCUGAUGAAGUUGUAGCUCUUGCCAGAGAAAUUAACCAAGCCGCCAAAGACCAAGAAAAGCUGUUUGUUGACGAAGUUGACGCAAAAGUGGUAGAAAAAGUAGCUCUUUAUGCUAGAGCACAGAUUUCUCCAAUCGCUGCUUUCUGGGGUGGUGUAAUGGCUCAAGAAAUCAUAAAAUUCACAGGGAAAUACUCCCCAAUGCACCAGUGGCUUCAUAUUGACUUCUUUGAAAUAAUCCCUGAAGGCGCUGUUGACAGAACACCUACAAAUACUCGUUAUGAUGACCAAAUUGCCAUUAUUGGCAGAGAUCUCCAAAACCGAAUUGGAGCAAUCAAAACUUUCUUGGUCGGUGCAGGCGCUUUAGGCUGUGAAUAUUUGAAACUAUUCGCACUUAUGGGCGUUGCCUCUACCACUGGCAGCGUUAUUGUGACUGAUGACGACUCAAUUGAAGUCUCAAACUUGAACAGACAAUUUUUAUUUAGAAAAGACGACGUGGGGCACAGUAAAAGUGAAAGUGCAGCUAGAGAAGCCCAGAAAAUGAACACAGAUCUAAAUGUGAGAGCUCUGCAAAACAGAGUUAACCCUGAAAACGAAGUGAUUUUCAACGAUGCAUUUUGGGGCAACUUAGAUUUUGUGACUAAUGCUGUUGAUAACGUUAAUGCAAGACUGUAUGUUGAUGGAAGAUGUGUGUGGUAUGAGAAGCCAUUAUUGGAAAGUGGAACAUUGGGAACCAAAGCUAAUGUUCAGAUCUGUCUUCCACAUAAGACUCAAAGCUAUGGAGAUUCUCAAGAUCCUCCAGAAGAAAGCAUUCCUAUGUGCACACUGAAAAAUUUCCCACAUUCAAUUGAACAUUGUAUUGAAUGGGCUAGAGAUGAGUUUGAAGGGACAUUUUCUGAUGGUCCUCAAGAACUCAACAAAUACCUUGAAGAUCCAAUUAAGUACCUUGCAACUUUACCGUCAGCAGGAAAUACAACAGUCCAAAGAGAAAAACUUGAAAAAAUCAAAAACUUCUUACAAAUCAUGAGAAACCCAAGCUACGAAGAAUGCGUCAAACUUGCCAGAGAAAAACUCCAAGAGCUUUUCCACGACAUUAUUGCUCAGCUAAUCCACAACUUCCCAGUUGACUAUAAAACUAAAGACGGCCAGCCUUUCUGGUCAGGCCCUAAGAGAGCUCCAACCCCUCUUAUUUUUGACGCUUCAGACGAAACUCAAAUCACCUUUGUGUUAUGCAUGGCUAACUUAAUUGCUGCAAACCUCGGAAUUCCUCAAAACAAGAACGUCAAUGAAGUCAGAGAAAUUGCUCAAAAAGUUCAAGUCAAGCCUUUCGUGCCUAAACAAGUCCAUAUUCAGCUUGAAGAGAAUGAGCAGCAACAAGCAGGAGGUGCUGGAGAUGAAGAAGCUGUAUUAGCUAACCUUUUAAAUGAAAUGAAAAUUGUUGAUGAAGCCAUUAAAAGCCAUAGACUACAUCCAGCUCAAUUUGAAAAAGACGAUGACACCAAUUUCCACAUUGAUUUCAUUAACGCUGCUUCCAACUUAAGAGCUAGAAACUACAAAAUUGCUGAAGCUGAUAGAAAUAAGACUAAAAUGAUAGCUGGAAAAAUCAUCCCAGCAAUUGCUACAACAACUGCAAUGAUUGCAGGACUUGUAGGUGUUGAGCUUUAUAAGCUGUUUAUCCAUGAAAAUGUGGAAGCUUAUAGAAAUGCGUUUGUAAAUCUUGCACUGCGAUAUAUAUGUAAAUGGUGUGGCCAGUUAGUCUGCCCUCUUAACACCUGCACUGGAAAGUUCAUUAGGAAACUCAACUUGUGGAAGAGGACACAGCGUUCGGAAAUGUGUAUCCGGCUAGGUUUAACUGGGCUUGGUGGAGUGCAAUGCAGGAUUUAGCUGACAGCAUGCUAAAAUCGAAAGUCAAGGGUUUAUCUCGCUAGGAGAUGGUUCGAUGGAGUUGAAAUGAGGAUGCCCAUCCAAGCUAAAGAUUGUUACUUGGUCAAUUGGGGAAAUUCUUAGCGCGAUACCGGGUGUUUCGUCCUGGGCUCCGGUUUUUAUAGUUCAGCCUUCGUCCGUGAGAAGCAAUGCAGUAGAAGGCCUUGUCUGGAUUUGUAAGCAAGCUGUGGAACAUUAUACGGAGGCAAGUAGCGGGCGUGCAGGCCUACAGGGGACUUCUCCAUAAGUGCUUUAAGUAAUUAAGUAAAAUGUCGCACUGCCAUUAUUUGUACUCAUAAAUAAAAUGGCAUUCGGUUCGAGAGAAAUUGGCUCUGCCAAUUUUCUCUCCCUCAUGGAAUUUUAUUUAUGGGGUUGGGUUUUCUCUCGAGAACUUCUGCACAGCAAUAGUCGUUUAACUUUGGGGAUAACCAAAGGCACGACUCCUCAGUGCACUCAAGAUUUCGGAGUUUUACCUCUCAGCACGUCCCCACGGGAGGAUGACCCUUAGGCGGAACACGCGCAGGAGCUGAGUCUGGACGAGCGACGGCAACGCGCCGGGUGAGAUGUGCGGCGAUUUAUCUGGCGACUAGCCUUAUAGAAGGCUUGGGUGUGGGCUGACCACAUAUUCCAAGAUGGCUUGGUGACGUCACUAGUUGUCGCUUUGACCCUUUUUAAUUAAGGGGUGUGGGCACUAGACACCUUAAAAACUAUGUAACUAAGUAAGUAAGUAAGUAAGUAAGUAAGUAAGUAAGUAAGUAAGUAAGUAAGUAAGUAAGUAAGUAAGUAAGUAAGUAAGUAAGUAAGUAGUAGUAAGUAAGUAAGUAAGUAAAGUAAGCCAUUAUUUGUACUCAGCGAACCAUCACCACCAGUAAGAACCAGAACCAAGGCCUAUGAUCCAAUUCUUAUGGGUCCAGUUCGCGCAUAUCCUGAAGCAUUCUCAACAUGGGACAAGAUGGCAAUUCAAGGCCCUUGUUCAUUGGGAGAGUUUAUCAACAAGCUUAAAACUGAGCAUAAGCUAAAAGUCAAUAUUGUAUCAUGCGGAAAAACUUGCAUUUAUAAUGGAUACUUGCCAGGAAACAAGCAUGGGGACAGACUGCCUAAGAUUUUGCAAGACUUGUACCAAGAAAUUAGUGGAGUUAGAAUUAUUGAAGGAAGAAGAUAUUUAGCUAUUGAAGCAUCCUGUGAAAGCUUGGAAGACGGUGUUGACAUGGCAAUCCCAGUAAUCAAAUACACCUUUUAA